ACUGUCAGGUGGAGGAUGGUCCGUGUUCUGGAACCGGAACAAACGUGAACGCAGCGAGACUCCAACAGAACCGAACCGAGCAGAGCCGGGCAGAACCGGGAGGAACCGGACCGAGCCGUUUAGACCAGAACCGAGCCGGGGCAGAACCGGGAGGAACCGGACCGAGCCGUUUAGAACAGAACCGAGCCGGGCAGAACCAUGAACGAGGCGGGUCUCCGGUUCCGGAGGCUGAACAGACCUCAGGUCAUCACUGAUGAGCUGCCGGAGAGGAGGGACAAGAGGACCGGCAGCACCUACAGUGGGAAGGUGUUCCAGGUGACCCUGCUCUCUCUGGGCGGCGUCGUCUUCCUCCCUCUGCUCUUCAUCAUCCUCAUCCUGGAGUCUCCCAUCCACCCGGAGGUCUUUAGUCUGAAGGAGCCCCCCCCCAUGAAGGGCUGCUGGGAGCCCAACCUGAGGCUCCGGGACGCCGUCAGGCUUUUUGAGGACCAGAUCCUCGGACCGGAGUCCAUCGCCAACAUCGGAGACGUUUUCUUCUCUGGAACAGCUGAUGGGAGGAUCGUGAAGCUGGUUGGGCGGAGGAUGUUGACGUUGGCGAGACUGGGGAGACCUCCGUGUGGCUCCAGCGAGGACGAGUCCACCUGUGGUCGUCCUCUGGGGAUCCGGGUCGGACCCAAUGGGACUCUCUUCGUAGCCGACGCCUACCUGGGUCUGUUCGAGGUCGACCCCACCACAGGUGAGGCGACCCGGCUGGUGGAGGGGGGGCAGGAAGUGGCCGGCAGGAAGCUGGCGUUCAUCAACGACGUUGCCGUGACGACGGACGGGAAGAAGCUGUACUUCACCUGCUCCAGCAGCAGGUGGCAGCGCAAGGACUACCUGAAGCUGAUCAUGGAGGCCACGGCCGACGGACGCGUGAUGGAGUUCGACACGGAGACCCGGGAACUGGCCGUUGUCAUGGAGAACCUGAGGUUCCCCAACGGCAUCCAGCUGCUGCCGGACGAGGAGUCGGUGCUGGUGGCCGAGACGACCAUGGCCCGGAUACGCAGGGUCCACGUGGCCGGGCUCAACAAGGGCGGCAUGGACACGUUCGUGGACAACCUGCCCGGGUUCCCCGACAACAUCCGGCCCAGCUCCAGCGGCGGCUACUGGGUGGCCAUGUCGGCCGUCCGGCCCAACCCCGGCUUCUCCAUGCUGGACUUCCUGUCGCAGCGGCCCUGGAUCAAGAAGCUGCUGUUCAAGCUCUUCAGCCAGGACGUCCUGAUGAAGUUCGUCCCCCGCUACAGCCUGGUGGCGGAGCUGCACGACGGCGGCGUUUGCACCCGCAGCCUCCACGACCCCAGCGGCCUGGUGGCCGCCCACGUCAGCGAGGCCCACGAGCAUCAUGGGAGUUUAUACCUGGGAUCCUUCAGGUCGCCCUACCUGGCCAAGCUGGACCUGGAGGGGGCGUGAGGGGGGUGAGACGGAC